CCCUUUUGUAGGCCGGAACCCUUCAGCCGCAUCUUCCGUUUUUGGCCGGAGCAGUGCGGCUCGGGGCGCUAUGGCAGCGGGGCCGUGGGGCUGGGGGACCGCGGUGGCGGUGCUGGUGCUGCUCGCGCUGCUGCUCGGUGGCGCGCGCCGCCUACGGUGCCUUACCGUGGCCGGCGGGGCUUGCGCCGACCUGAGGGGAAGGGCGGGUGGCGUCCGCGCGCUGGUAGUGACGGCGCACCCUGAUGACGAAGCGAUGUUCUUCGCCCCUACGGUGCUCGGCUUGGGCAGGGCCGGUGCCCGCGCCGCGGUGCUGUGCUGCUCCGCAGGAAAUUACUACAAUCAAGGAGAGAUUCGUAAGAAAGAAUUGGAACAGAGCUGUUUGCUUCUGGGGAUUCCUGCUUCCAAUGUAACAAUCAUUGAUCACAGGGAUCUUCCGGAUAAUCCAGCUGUGGAAUGGGACACACAGCUCCUUGCUGCCUUUGUGCUAAAGCAUAUAGAAGCCAAUAACAUCAACCUGGUGGUAACCUUUGAUGCAGGAGGAGUGAGUGGUCAUGCAAACCACAUUUCUCUUUACACGGCUUUAAGGUACCUGCAUUCGGAGCAGAAGUUACCUGAAGGGUGCCGUGUGCUCGUGCUGGAAUCAGUCAGUAUCUUCCGGAAGUACAUCUCCAUCCUGGAUGUACCCGUUUCCUACCUCCUGCCCCAUGAUGCACUCUUCAUACUCACAGAGGAGGAGACUGAACAAGCCAAGAGAGCAAUGAGGUGUCAUCGCAGCCAGCUCCUCUGGUUUCGCCACAUCUAUAUGCUCUUCUCACGUUAUAUGGUGAUCAAUUCACUGCGCUUUCUGUGACCAGGACAACUUCAGGAGUGAAAGAAUGAGUGAAAAAAAGACCAGACCAGACCUAGGAUUAAAUCAAGCUCACCUGUGAUGUGCUGAAGAGGAUGGGAUUCUCUUUGUGUAACAUUCAUUCAGACUACAAAAAACAGACUGUGUAAACUUCCUUCUGAAUAUCUUGUUACCUGAUACAUUGAGAUAAACAGGGUUUAACAGCUACUCACUGUCGAAGCUUAAAUAGAGUAAGAAAUUCAGAUUAACCUAAUACAGGAGUAUCCUGCAUUAGAGAAGAUAUGGCACAAACUGUUAUUCCCCAGGAGGAUACAGCUGUGAGGACUGCUUGGCAACUGUUUCUUCGUGCUUUUGUAAAAUCCAGGUAUCAGGAGUAACUUUUCAAAGGCCAUGCUAUCUCCAGAGAUUAAACUAGAACCACCAGACGUGUCUUACUCAGACUGAACUUUAAAAAGCCAAAUCUUAUGAAUAAAACAUCAGAAAUCACACAAA